UAUAUACCUAUCUUCUCUCUACGUUACGGUUACAAUUUCCACAAAUUUCCAUUGACUUCUAUGAAUCUGCCAUGAAUUUCAAGCACUUCAGAGUUUUGUCACAAUAAUUUGUAUCACCGGUCUCAUUUAAACCUCGCGACACGCAAAUAGAUUGGUUCGUAGCUUAUUUAUUGUGAAACAGUAAAAGCAAAAAAGUAUAGAAACACAUUUUAAAUUUUAGUGACAUUCACUUUAAUCCUUUAAAUAGCAGUCAGCGCGCGCUCUUCAAAGACUUGAUUGUUUAGUUUAAACGUAAAGUUAAUGUGCAAAAAACGACAACAUGAGGCUCACACGCAGAUGUUUGGGAAGCAUAGGAGCUAUCACGAAGAUGCUGGAUUUUUAUUCUCAAUUCAACCCCUCGCCGCUUUCAAUAAAACAGUUUAUCGAUUUUGGACUUAGUGCAUGCGAGAGAAAGUCCUUUAUAUUUCUAAGAAAAGAACUUCCCGUUCGGCUGGCAAAUAUCAUGAAGGAGAUUCACUUACUACCAGAAAAUUUAUUGAGGACCCCCAGCGUAGGAUUUGUAAACAACUUGUAUGUAACAUCCUUCGAGGAAAUCACACAUUUUGAAAAAGCUGAAGUCAACGAUUCAACACUAAACAAAUUCUGCCAAGCUUUGAUUAAAAUCAGAAAUAGACACACUGAUGUUGUAGAAACAAUGGCUCGGGGUGUGUUGGAGUUAAAGGAAUCUCACGACGUGGACCUACAAACAGAGAACAGUAUUCAAUACUUUUUAGACAGAUUUUUUAUGUCUAGAGUAUCCAUUCGAAUGCUUAUAAAUCAACACACGUUACUUUUUGGGGGAGAAUUAAACGGCCACGACAGACACGUAGGUUGCAUAGAUCCAUUAUGUGACGUUAUUGGUGUUGUAAAAGAUGCCUACGAGAACGCACGAUUUUUAUGCGAUAGAUACUAUCUGGCUAGUCCGGAGUUGAUAGUGCGGCAGCAUAAUGGUCUAGAAGGUGGAAAUGAAAUAAGAAUAGUUUACGUACCGAGCCAUUUGCAUCAUAUGUUGUUCGAGCUAUUCAAAAACAGUAUGAGGGCAGUUAUGGAACAUCACGGGACUGAUGCGACAGGGUAUCCGCCGGUAGAGGUUACCGUCGUAAGGGGAAGGGAAGACAUUUGUGUAAAGGUGUCUGAUCGAGGUGGCGGAAUUCCUCGUUCACAGACGGAUCAUCUUUUCAAGUACAUGUAUAGUACUGCACCACAGCCAAGUCCUUCGGAAAAUCACACAGUGCCACUUGCUGGUUAUGGUUAUGGGCUUCCAUUAUCACGAUUAUAUGCCAGAUAUUUUCAUGGUGAUCUUAUCCUUUUAAGUUGUGAAGGAUGCGGAACUGAUGCUGUUGUAUAUUUAAAGGCACUAUCAAAUGAAGCCAACGAACUGUUACCCAUUUUCAACAAGACUUCCUGUAAAUUUUAUCGAACACCAAUUCCGACUGCAGAUUGGAGCAGCCAAUGUGGAGGAAGUAUGGCCACCAGACAGUUGAAUUUAAGUCAAAAUCUGGGUCACAGGCUUCCUCAUGGAAUGGAAAUAAGCCAAUGCUAGCAGGACUUCCUCAAAAUAAACACAAGUCUUAAACCGAUUGUGAUCGUCCAUAUAUGAAAUAACUAUGAAUUUAUAUUUCUUUCAUUUCUGCCUUAGACCGCUCCUUUAUUUCCCUUUGCGACAAAUGGUUUCAGUAGUAUUUCGGCAUUCCCUUCUCAAAAUGAUCAGUUGAGAUAGAUAAGAAGCGAUGGAACUAAUAUCUCUGUCGUUCCGAAUCGUAAUUCUUAAUUGUGCCAACACGACUGACAACGAUUAAGCAUUUUGCAUUUCCAAUCAGGUACUUGGAAUUUGCCACGUGACGGUAGCACCUUUGCCUGGGGGACAUUAUUUAAAGACAGUUAUUGAAUUUUUUGUAAUAAUAUAAAUUUGAAACAGUAUAUAUUAUGAAAUAAAGUGAAUAAAUAUGUUGUAAAUAAUUGUCACCAGAUGAAAGCGGUGCUACGACAAAACAUG